AUGGAGAUGGAUGAGAUGAGAUCCAUACCUAGACGCCGCGUCGUCGGAUGUCGAACGCCGGAACUCGGAGAACGUGGAGGUGACCGAGAGAGGAAGAGCCUUGAGCUGCUGAGGACCGCCUACUCGAGCUCGUGUGCCUCCCUUAGUCCCUUCCAAAGCUGUCUAACCUCGCCGUCUCGUCGGAUCAGCUCAGCCUUCUCCUCUAUCGACACACGUGGGCAUAAAAUGCGAGCAGAGGCAUUUGCUGUUUUAAAAAAUAAUAUUUUGCAGGCGAUCAAAGCGCAGCCGAAUCAUGAAGCACAGUCGACGCGAUCGAUACAGUGGUUAGUCGAGGCACAAUUGGUUCUCCGGUCCGCGUUUCAGUGUGCUACUUUCUCUCUGAUGGCAAUGGCAGAAGGUCAAGAAACCCUAGAGAAGCCCUCACUUUCAUCAUUGGAGAAAAGUGUGGAGGAUGAGGAGCUUCGUGCCCUUCUAAUCCCCGAUUUUGACGAUCUUCCGUCAAUUCCUCGUUCAGCUGUUGAAUCCAACUUUGUCCGCUACUAUGCUCUUGAUUUUCUCAAGCCUGCGCAUGAUCAAUAUAUCUAUCGCCAUGCCAAUGGUUUAUGCGUGAUUGGUCUUGCUCCUUCUCACGCUGCCCUUAAUGAGGUUGGAGGAGUUCAAUCCGUUGAUUUCAACGUGGGGAAGUCGAACCGAAGCGAGCUUAAGGUUACGGGAAAGCGAAAACGGAAUGCUCAGCAUCUUCAACCAGAUUCUGCACUUUGUAAUGUAUGUGCCAAUGGUACUUACUACACAGCGAGGUGCUGCGUGAAAGGUUCCCUAUUGGAGGUUAAUGAUCGGUUGAUCAAGAAUCCAGAGCUUCUCAACUUGGCUGCAGAUAGGGAAGGAUAUAUUGCAAUAAUCAUGCCCAAACCGGCAGAUUGGCUCAAGGUUAAAGAUUCCUUUUUGAGUUAUGAGGACUACAAAAAAUUAAGACUUCAAGUAUCAGGUUCAUCUGCCUCAAAUCUUUGUUAAUAUCUGCACAAUUUGUGAUCCAUCUACUUCAAGUAUGUGCCACUAUCUCCUUCAAUUCUUAUUUCAAAAAAAAUUUUAAGUUGGAAUUCGUAGUCGAAAAUUGUCCAAUAGUAUUUUGUAUCAAACACAUAAAAUAUUUUAAAGUAGUGCAAAUUAUGGUUUGAUCAUGGCAUAUGUAAUAAAAUGUUCUUUCUCUAGAUGCAAAAUGGUUAUUUACAAUUUGACAAGAAGUUUUUGAACUGCAGUAGCUUGACAUUUAUUACUUGAUAUGGGGAUAAUAUAUCAAUCAAAUCAUCUAUGAUCAUAGUUUGAGCAUUAGAUUUUAGGAUGAUCAAAUGGACCCUGUUCAUUGAAACUUAGUAGUCAAAAUUCCCAAUCAAAUCAUUUAUGGGAUGUCACAGAAGGAGAUCAUGGCUUUCAAAGAUGGAACAUUAGAUCCAAUUUCAGAUUACAAUAGGAUAAGCCGAUAAGGAUGAAUUUAAAAUUCUAAACUUAUUUGAGUAAACCAGCAUUUAAAGUCAGAUUAAGAUAAUAAUACUUGUAGGAAUUAUUUUCUCUCUUUGUGGAGUCUGCUUAGCUAAGAAUUAUAUUUCAUCCUAGCUGUAUUUGAUGAAAGGAGUUUGAAGGAACAAAGCUAAUCAAAGUGACCUAAAUUUCAGCAAAGCUUUCAAUCAAGAAAAGCUGAAAGAUAUUCUUCACCCAUGAAUUAGGAAUUUAGGAUCUUGGUGGCGUUGGUAGGAUGAGGGGGAUAGACAAGUUCACAGGACAAAAUGAUUUUAGUCUUUAGAUAAUAAAAAUGGAAGCGUUACUUGAGAAAUCUAAAAGCUUAAAGAAUGGGUUAUCAGUUAUCACACUCAUUUUCUUCAAUCCUGAAUGACUCUCUCCCUCUUGAUCUCUCUUUCUCUCCCCUCCCCAUCUCAGUCCCCAUCACAGAAGGCUUAAUUUCAAAUGUUUCUCAGCUUUUUCUUACGGAACAAACUUCUUCCAUUCUCUCUUGUGAUUUCUUUAAGAAACCAGUAUCGUCUCCUCAAAUCUCU